GUUGACUGAAAAGUUUCCAUUACUUUACAUUGCUGAGAAGUCUCUUGUACAUACUCGUAAUUGUUAACACUAUCUUAUCAAUGACGGACCAAAACAAUGAAUUCACUACGGAUGAGUUGGAGGCGCCUUCCUGGUUAAAUACGCAGUUUUUGGAGCAGGUGCUGAGCAAACAUGAGGGUGAUGAACAACUGGCGGUAAAAACCAUAAAAGUCUCACCGGCGACUUUGAAGGGAGAUCACUAUGCAAGCAUAAUGUUUCGAGUCGUUGUGGAAUACACAAACAAGCAGGGAAAUGCAUCUAAGUCGCUGAUCGUUAAGACGAUGCCACAAGUGGAGGGCUUCAAGAAGGAGCAACUUGGCGAGUCGCACAUCUUUCGCACGGAGAUUGGCAUGUACACGGAAGUCCUUCCGAAAUUCGAAGCUGUACUUCGGGAAGCUGGCGAUAACACAUCAUUGUGUGUUCCCUGCAUUUAUCACAGCUUGGAACCACAACAAGUGAUGAUUUUUGACGAUUUGGUUCCCUUGGGCUAUAUUGUCGUGCGUGAUCGGGAGCCCACCAUGGAUGAAGUGCGUCUAGCUUUUUCGAAGCUGGCCAAAUGGCAUGCUGUUAGCUUUAAGAUGCUCAAGGAACAACCACAAGUAUUUCAAAAAUUCAAAUACAGUUUGAUGGAGUUACCAAAAAUUACGGAAGAUCCCUUUAUGUACGGUAUUGAUUUUUUCAUCAGAAUGCUGGAUGAAGUACCUGAUUUAAAGGCCUAUAAGCCGAGCCUUGAAAAGAUCCGAGAGAAUUUGGUAGAAAAUUUUCGGGCGCCAUUUGUUGAGCAUCGUGAGAAUCGUCAAGAUGAUGCCUAUUAUGUACUUUGCCAUGAAGAUCUUUACAUCAGGAACAUGAUGUUCAAGCAUGAUAAAAUUACAAAUGUUGCGGAAGAUUGUAUGCUUAUCGAUUUCCAAAUGAGCAAUGUGGGUUCAAUGCCAAAUGAUAUCAUUUAUGCAACCUAUCAGAUGCUGUCUCCCGAUCAGAGGCAAAACCAUCUUGAGGAAUUGAUUCGCUUUUAUUUUUCUAUUUUUACUGAUACCUUGAAGAAAAUUAAUUACAAGGGAGAAUCACCGCUCUUGGAAAAAUUCCAACAACAAUAUUUCCGGCAGAAGCAUUUGGAAAUAUUUCUGCUGACCACUUUCCUGCCAUUAAGGUAUUACAUUAAGUCGGGAAAACAAAAAUUCGACGACGUUACUCAAUGGCGAGAAAAUGAUGAGUUAAGGCAAAACUUUUACCGGAUUGAAGGUUACGUUGAAGAGACUCGAAAUUUGUUAAAACGCUUUGCUCAACGCGGAUACUUUGAUUAAUUGACUAUGAAAUUAUUUUCAUAUAUAAAUAUAAAUAUUAUUUUUUCCAUCAUUGAAAUUUGCCAAUAAAUUUUGACUUCUACUAGGUCAGUU